AUGGCCCCCGCAGUACGACAGUGCUACGACCAGAUGCCGGACCCCAAAUGGGUCAUUAGCAUGGGUAGCUGCGCGAACGGUGGAGGGUACUACCAUUACAGCUACUCGGUGGUGCGUGGCGUGGACAGGAUCUUGCCGGUGGAUAUCUACGUCCCAGGCUGCCCGCCCGCAGCAGAGGCACUCAUGUAUGGGGUCUUCCAGCUACAGUCUAAGAUGAGGCGGACCAAGAUUACUCCUACCAUUGCCUCUGCGUCGGACACGAUAGCUGGCCUUGGCAUAUCGCAAUGGCCGUUCGAGCUUGACUCAACAGAGUCGAUGCUCCUCGACCACUACAUUCAGCGAUUCUCGCGCACAUAUCCAGCAUUCUCAGGGCCGACCAAUCCCUUUCUGCGCGUGAUCCUGCCGCUGUCGAUGCAGAGCCGGGUCGUGCUUGACUCCUUACUCGCAUUGGGCGGGGUACAGAGCUGGGAUAACGGCGGGUUUGCCUUGGAAGGCGCAAUGCUGAAGCUACGACAAAAGGCUCUAAGAGGGUGCCACGAACUCGCGGGGCGCAUGAGAACAGGCAGGACUCGACUCGAGGAUAGCGAUGACUUGACGCUCGCGGGCGCCCUCGUCGGACACCAACGGUGGCGCAGCCAGCCAGACGACGGCUCUACCAUGCUUCAUCUCCUGACGAGCUGCGUCCUACUAAUGCUUUACGAGAAGCUCGCCGGAGAAGACAAAGAGAAUGGAACUUCGCAUUUGCAGUUUUUCUCACGGCUCUUCCCCGGGGAUAUGCUUCUUCAGGCCAUGGCCGGCCUUCACAGUGGCAGCGCCCCCGAGCAAUCUGCCACGCACGCAUUCCAAUUCGUCACCAACCUCUUUCUUUAUAACGAUCUCGUACGAUCAACAUCCUUGCGAACAUCGACGUUCUCCGACUUUUAUUUAGCGGACGGGCACAUCGACCCGGCCGGUGUCGAUGACCUCGGUGGGUUGGACAGCAACGACAGCAAAGGCGACCAGGACCUGCGGCGAUUCGUGUUCCCGCGACUCAUCACUCGUAUAACCGCCGGCGAUAUUACAGUGACAGACCAGGAGAUUGCGGACUGGGACGGUGCUCUGGGCUGGCUGCCGAGUUUCUCGCUGGCUCCGCCGUUGGAGCUGGACCCGUACGAGCACAUCCCCACGGCGAACCGCGACAUUGUAACGGAUCCGCGCUAUCGGCAUCUUGACAGCUUUACCUGUCCGCGCGAGUGGAGCGAGCAGAGAAUUACGUCGGAGCUGUACCGCAUCGCGGGAACUGUCUACAGAAAGCAGUGCGUUGGUCGUGUGGGCGGCCUGUCUUCAGCGUGUGCCUGGCCACACGACGCCUGGAUGGGCAACCUUCCUCUCUGGGCAGUGCAGCUGAUUGACUUAUUACCACCAACCUCGGCGUUUCAAAACACACUUCUGUGGCCGAUUGGCAUCAUUGCGAAGGAGCUGACUGUCCUCCAUGACACGGAGAGGGCGAGCAUCACGAGGACUCUGAACGCGCUGGAGAAGAGGUUCCAGAUGCGGCACUUUGCUCGAGCGAGACAGCAUCUGCAGACUCACUGGGCCAUGUGCGACCAAGGCUAUGCAUACAAUGAUGGGGAAAUUCUGUGUGGAUAG